UUCUGAACACCUGGAAUAUUCUAAUGGUCGGAAAACCGACUUCUUCCUGAAGGAUUUGAAGAUGGGGUCAUCGUACUUACAAAUGCAGUCGCUGUUUAUGCGUUAUUCCCUUAAGUCAAUGUGCAGCGUGUUCAGAUGACAAUGGUUCUGGAGGAGUCGCGGAUGGACUUAGCCAGGAGCUUUACACGAUCGGCUGCACACUGUCGCAUGACUUAUCACGUUAUACCAAACGACAGAGAGCUGCUUUAGACAAAAUCUCUCGCAAUUUCGUUCCAAAAGUGGACUUGAAUUAUGAAGAGGCUAAGGAGCAUCUUUUGCGAUACACCAAGAAGAAGCUGCCAAACAUGCCAUCUACCGUUAGAUUCAAGCCAUCGUUGUUGGAUGCGGUGACAUUGCCGGAUGCAGGAGCAUCCUACAACCCGAAGGCGGAUGAUUAUCAGAAAUAUAUUUCGAAAAUAGCUGUCGAUGAAACUAAUCUGAUAAAGGAAGAGGAGCGAAUUGAAAAGGGCAUCAGGCCUCAACUGGAGAGCGUAAUUACUUAUGUACGUUUCAUGUGCUAUGAAUCUAAGAAAAUAAAUAAGGAACUUUCGCGGAGAGAGGUAUUGAGUGAAGAAGAGCGUUUGAAACGAAGGAAAGAGAAGUUCAUGAAAAAGAUGACUAAUAGACAGCGGUUGGGACGUGGAAAGUUUAAGGACGAGGAGGAACCAUUCUUGUUGCAGGAGGAGCUGACCGAUUGUUUGCGAUUAUUGAAACCACAAGGUCAUGUAUUGAAGGAUCGUAUGACAAGUCUUCAAAAGAGGAAUAUGUUGCCUAUAGGAGGAGAACGUGAAAAGAAUAAGCUCAAGUUAAAGUUAAAGAGCAAACUUGUGGAGAAGCGACUUGCAGCAGAAGUGACAAAGGGAAGUCGUGUGAUAUAG